AUGACAAGCUUCCCAAACUUAAACUCUCAUUUCAAGCUAUUGUCAUUGGUUAAGGAUAUUUUUGUGCUUACCAACAUCUCGAUUCUGUUGCGCUCGUCUUCCCUGGAAGGACGCGCCGUCACGCAGCAUGUCCCGCCUCGAAGCUCCCUCUUGAGAAAUUCCGAGUCGGUGGUCAAAAUGUUCUUGUUCAAGUUCUCGGCUGCAAACUCGGCAGCCUUUGUGCCCCCGUGCCCAUCAAAGAUACCAAAGAAAGCCUGCACCCAGACCGAAUACCCCUCUCCCUCCGCCUCCACCACCUCCUCCCGAGCCGCCUCUGUCGACUUCUUCUCUUCCCCUAGAAACACCGCCGGGAUAUCCAGCCUAGGCGGCCUUUUCCGCUUUAAAACCGCCGCCGCCGCUGCAGACGACUCAGAUCCACCGGCCAAAGUCUUGAUGAGCCCACCGAUCGGCUUGUGGAGCCGAAAUAGGCGUGGGGAAGAAGAUUUGGGCGAGCAGAUGGAUGAUGAGGAGGACGACGGCGAAAAGGCCGGCGAGUUUGAUAUCGCCACUGCGCAAGAAGACAUUUUUAUUUCUCUUUUGUUUUCCGAACGUUUGUUGUUGUUGUUGUUGUUUUAA